UUUCCGGUGUACGUAUCCGGCGUCCUUCGGUCCGUCUGCUCAAGCGUCCGCCUGAGGUAACUUCUCGAAGCGCCUCAGAAGUGGAAGGAGGAAAAUGAGAAUCAUAUGGAGCCACCUUUGUGGUGGUGAAAUCAAACAGCAUGUAGUGGACACUGAAGAGUGUGCAAGCCAAAACUGCAGUAAGGAAGAAGAAAUCUCAAGGUACUGAGCUUGCUGAACUCUUAAACUCAUUUUGGAUCAGAAAGGAUAAAAGAAGAGCCAACUCUCCGUAUUGCAGUUUAACGUACACAUCACAGACAACAUGGAAGCGAAAGUAUAUAAAUGUACAGAAUGUGGAAAGAGUUUCCGUCAGCAUGGACAUCUGCAGUUACAUGAAAGCACUCACGCUGCGGAGAAACCGUCUAAAUGUCUGGGGUGUGGGAAGAGCUUCAGUGAGAAUAGAUUCCUACAUAACCACCAAAGAACUCAAACUGGGAAGAAACCUUAUAAAUGCCUGGAGUGUGGAGAGAGCUUCAAUUAUAAUAAAAGUCUACAUUCAUAUCAAAGAACCCAUGGUGCAGAGAAACCCUAUAUAUGCCUGGAGUGUGGCAAGAGCUUUGCUGAGAGUGGAAGUCUACAUAAACAUCAAAGAAUUCACACUGGGGAGAAGCCUUAUAAAUGCUCAGAGUGUGGAAAGAGCUUCAGUUGCAGUGGAAAUCUCCACUGUCAUCAGAGAACACACACUGGUGAGAAACCCUUUUCAUGCCUGGAGUGUGGAAAGAGUUUUGCUCAGAUUGGAGGUCUACAUUCGCAUCAAAGAACUCACACUGGGGAGAAACCCUUUUCGUGCCUGAAGUGUGGAAAGAGAUUCACUCACAGUGAAACUCUACAUACACAUUAUAGAACUCACACUGGGGAGAAACCCUAUACAUGCCUGGAGUGUGGAAAGAGCUUUUCUCGGAAUCAAAAUCUACAUUCACAUCAAAGAACUCACACUGGGGAGCAACCUCAUAAAUGUUUGGAGUGUGGAAAGAGCUUUGCUUGGAGUCAAACUCUACAUACACACCAGAGAACCCACACUGGAGAGGAACCCUAUACAUGCCUGGAGUGUGGAAUGACCUUCACUGUGAGUAGAAGUCUAUAUUUUCAUCAAAGAAUCCACACUGGGGAGAAACCACAUAAAUGCUUGGAGUGUGGAAAGAGCUUCAGUUAUAAUAAAAAUCUACAUAUACAUCAAAGAACUCACACUGGGGAGAAACCCUAUACGUGCCUGGAGUGUGGAAAGAGCUUCACUCAGAGGGGAAAUCUACAUUUGCAUCAGAGAAUCCACACAGGGGAAAAACCCUAUUCAUGCCUGAAGUGUGGAAAGAGCUUCACUCGGAGUGAAACUCUACAUACACAUUAUAGAACUCACACUGGGGAGAAACCCUAUACAUGCCUGGAGUGUGGAAAGAGCUUCAGUGAGAAUUCUAAUCUACGUUCACAUCAGAGAACUCACACUGGAGAGAAACCUUUUAAAUGUAUGGAGUGUGGAAAGGGUUUCGCUCGGAGUGAUCAUCUCCAUAAACAUCAUAGAACUCACUGGGGAGAAACCCUAUAUAUGCCUGGAGUCUGAGAAGAGCUUCGCUCAUCUACAUUCAUAUCAAAGAAAUCGCACUGAGGGAGAAGGAUUAACUGCCAUGGAACAAAUAGCAUAAAGAAUACUGUAAAAUACUUUUUGAAUUAUGCAUCGCAGUUUUCUCACAAACUUGCCACAGAUGAUGGAACUUGCAGUGCCUUCACUGAUACUGUGACCUCCACCGACAAUGAACUGGGACCAAACUUUGUACAGAGAAGCCCCAAGACCAACUGAACCUACCUCAGGGGUUUGGGGAAUGGGCCUUGAUUUUGGGAGUUAUAGUUCACCCGCAUUCAGAAAGCACUAAGCCAGCUGACAUCAGAUCUGGACCAAACUUGGCACACAAACCCUAACAAGGCCAACUGUGCAUACAGGCCUAGUUUGGGGGUGACUGACCUCAGAUCUGGGAGUUGUAGUUCACCCUUAUCCAGAGAGCCCUGACCCAGCUGAUGACAGUUCUGGACUAAAUUUGACACACAGACCCAACAUGGCCAAAUGCAAAUACUGGCAGGGUUGGGGGUGAUUACCCUGGGAAUCUGGGAGUUGUAGUUCACCCUUAUCCAGACAGCACUGAACCCAGCCAACGACGGGUCUGAACCAAUCUUCAGUGGUAUUACCUAACAUCCCAAAACAAACAAUGCCUUCUUCUAAUAACCCAGGCGCUGCUGGGUACCCAAGCUAGUUCAAAAUAAAGGUGGACUUACACAAUA